UGAGCUUCUGGGAUAUCACUGUCUAGUAAAGCCGCCAUUUUGUUUAAAACUUCUUGAUACAAUUUCAGAAAGAUACAACAAAAAUUAAACAAGAUUUGUACCAUACACUGCUGCGGUACUUGUGGACUGGUAACACUACGACUGACACUAACACAUUUGAAAAUUUAUUGAAUACUAAAGCGAAUAUGGAUCGGUUUCGCCACCCACAUGGACAACCUGUCAACAAAACACAAGACUACGCGAGAGAUUUACCGAGACAGCCAUGGUCAAGUGCAUCCAUCUAUUGUCCAGGUCCUGCCCCCUACCCCCCUCCGCGGCAGCGUGUUUUAUUAGAUGAUCAUAAUAGCGAUCUGCACUUUGUGAUAGAGCAAGAUGGGGUGACCGGCGGCAACCACUCUGCCCCUGGGUUUGACUACAUGUGGGCUGGGGCAAGAGCUUCCCAUGGCGUCAAGUCUGGCAAGAUAUUUUUUGAAGUGACUGUCCUUGACAAACUUCCAGUGGAUCUUCCAGAGACAGAGACCACGCCCCAUGUUGUGCGUGUUGGAUGGUCUGUAGACAGUGCUAACCUACAAGUGGGCGAAGAUGCCUUGUCGUAUGGUUAUGGGGGGACUGCUAAAUGUUCAGUCAGUAACAAGUUCUUUGACUAUGGAGAGCGUUACUCCUCCAAUGACAUAAUCACUUGUUAUAUUGAUCUUGAUGCAAGUCCCAAAUGCAUCUUUUUUGCAAAGAAUGGACUUUACCUAGGGGUAGCAUUCAGACUUGGACCUGAAGCGUACAAUAAAGCUUUUUACCCCCACGUGACAGUCAAGAAUAUGCGUGUUCGAGUAAAUUUUGGUGGUUUUGCACCAUAUUUUCCUCCAAUUCAAGGCUUCCGAAUGAUAGAAGAUGCUGAACAGCCUUUGCUUAUUCCUGGCACUAGGGGUCCAGCCUCCCAGCGUGACUGCCAAGUAAUCAUGAUGGUUGGGUUACCUGGUGCAGGGAAGACUUACUGGGCGGAAAAAUAUGUCAAGGACCACCCUGAAAAGAAGUUUAACAUCCUAGGAACAAAUGCCAUUAUGGACAAAAUGAAAGUAAUGAAUCUCGCGCGACGGCAUAACUACCAUGGUCGGUGGGAUGCUUUGAUUAAACAAGCUUCUGAUAUUCUAAAUAAAGUGCUGAAGAUUGCUGAGAGAAAGAAUAGGAACUAUAUACUUGAUCAGACCAAUGUUUACCCCAAUGCACGGCGUAGAAAAAUGAAUAACUUUCGUGGGUUUCAUAGAAUUGCUGCUGUUUUGGUAACAACAAAUGAAGUCUUGAAGGAGAGGACAGAGAGGAGGGAGAACCUGGAAGGCAAGAAAGUCCCAGUGGAAGCCGUUAUGGAGAUGAAGGCGAAUUUCACGCUGCCUGAAGUUGGAGAGAUCUUCAACGAAGUGUGGUUCAUAGAGGAGAGCAAGGAGUCCUCUGUUAGACUUGUGGAACAGUUCCGUGCAGAGGGUCAGGAGUUCAAGGAUUCUGAGAAGAAGCGUAAACCAGAGGAUGACAGGUCUUCCGGGCCAUCUGACUUUAAGAGGAUGCAGACUGAUUGCCCCCCAUCACAGCAUGGGCCUCAGUCAUUUGAUUAUGACCACAAGACAGUUGGUGAAUCACCAGUGCCUUCACAUGACCUUCCAGCCAGGGAUCAAGACAACAAAUCAAGUGAUAUCCACCCAGCUGCACCAGGCUUCGCCCCUAAUGUAGAACAAGAUAGAUAUGCCCCUAGGGCUGAACCUCAUAGAUAUACUUCUAGGACUGAUUCAUAUAGAUAUGGUCCGCCAGGGGACGUAUAUACACCCGACUCUACAACAAAGCCAUCCAGAGCAGACUUCAAGCCUCCUAGGUAUGACAACUGUAGAGGGGGGUAUGAGAAAUUACCUGAAACCAAACGGCCUGUUUUUCAACCAGCUGAUCAGAAAUCACCAUUGCAGGGUUUACCCAGAGGGGACACUCAGCCGUUAAACAUGUAUAUAUAUGGGCGUGACCAACAAGCCCCAGGGCAACCGGACUCCUACAGAGCAGGAUCUAAGGAAUAUGUGCCCCAACCUGAAGGCUAUAGUGCUGUACCAGGACCAUACCAGAGCUAUGGUAGAGGCUGGCAGGGCGGAUUUGGUCAGGUUCAGCCAAGUUAUGGUAUGCCUGACUAUGGAUCCCAAAACUAUUCGCAUUUUGAUGAGCAGGGUUACAGUAGCCAAGGUAACAGCUAUGGACCAUGGCAAGGGGAUCAGCAGCAAUAUAACCAAGGUUACCACUACUAGUCCUUGCGUUUUAUUCACUUCUAUGGUAAAUAGAAGUAUUGUAGCCAGGACUUAGAGUGGGGUUGUGCCAGCCAUAGACAUGCCCAUAGGAUGGUUUGGGGACGGGGAAGGGAUGUGUAAUCAAGACUCCCCAUUUAAAGUCCACAUAUCUGCAUAUGUCUUGAAGCCAAUAGAGGCCGCCUUUACAUUCAGCCGGGAAGGAUAUUCUCAAGUUACACUUGCCUGACUUUUUUUUAAUACUCUAUUACAAAAAAGUCGACGUGAGAGUGCAACCUCAACCCCAGUCUCUGGGCUUGAUAAAUAUCAUAUAGCAGAAAGAAUUUUAUUUGAUGAUCCUCAGAGAAAAAAUCCGGGGGAUCUGCGCACGCCCAGCUCCACACCUGGUAUGUUAGGUACCAGUUGGUUUGUCAGAAAAAAUAGAAUGAAAAUUAUCCAGUUUUUAUUCAAUUUUAUGUAGAAUUUUAGACUUGGAACGUAACAAAGUUUAUAGCAAAGAUGUCCCAGAGACAAAAACGCAUAGCUCUUUAAUAACAAGUCAUUUAUGAAAAUUGUUAGAAAUUGAGAUAAAAGUUUGAUACUUUA